ACGCCAGGGCAGCUUUCGUUCAGGUCAAAUCUUGUUAACCUGGGCGGUUAGCGCAUGAAGAUCAACAUAUACGUAGAUAGCGUUUUGGAGACCGAUGCGUGAGAUAAAAUUUGAACAAGCUAAAUCUUUACUCGAUGUGCUUGUCAGCUACCACCAGCCUACCACUGCGUUCAUUAGCUCAGAUGCAGAUUGGAUGUUACUCCAGUUGUGUCACAUUUCUAGACCCAUCCUCAUACUGCUCUGCCAUUUUUUUUUCUGGUUUCAGAUAUUGGCACAAUGGCUUGCAUUUUGUUAUGCACUUCACAUGGCCAGAGCAAACCAGAGCAGCGAGGAAUACUGAGUGAACCUCUGUACAUCCAUAUUGCUUGAUUUUGUUGCCAAUUAUCUCCGUGAUUUCACCUUAAAAAGUUCAUAGCAUCAUGUGAUGUGUUUAUUUGCUUGCUUGCUGCAGGCCUGAAGGAGGUUACUGAUUUGGUCAAGUAUGCAGAAUCGUGGCAGGGAUAUAGGACUGUAGAUUAAGCAUGAGUAUUUCCUAGUUAGUUUGUGUCAUUUCUUUGAUUUUGGAGCGCUGAAGAAAAGCAUAAAAUGCUGAGUGAUGAGCAUGUAGCAGUUACAAGAUUAAGGAUAUUGUCAGAAAUGUUUUUACAUUGCUGCAUCUGUUGCUGUUUUUUCAUGUACUCACUUUCUGGCACUUGCAUUUUUUUAUGUUUCAAAUCCAUAGAGUGUAACCAGGCUUUAUCAGGCUGUGUUUUACAUUUGCACCAUCAUUUUUAGUGAUCCUUCAGCAUCUAGCUUCAGCCUUCAUGAGUUCAUGUGCUGUGUGCUUUGUGCCUUUUUUUUCUGCUGUGCUUUCUGUUUUGAAAUUCUACAAGAUUCUACUACAAGUAAUUGUGGGCACUUGGCACUAUCUUACUUGCAGAGUUUACAUGAUAGGCAUGCAAACUGGAUGAAAGCAUCUCCUUGGCUAAUUGGUGCAAAUCCUCGAGAUUUGAUUAUGUCUGUCGAUGGUGAUGAUGGUUUUCAUCCUACUGGGAAUGAUCUGUUAAGGACUCGGGAGGGUCGUAUGUGUCAAUGUAUGCUGCCCUGUCAUUUUGCCAAACAUCAGAAGCAGAGUAAAACACGUCAUGCUUUGUGCAUGCUUUCCUCAAGGGCAUGGAAGAGGCGAAGAAGUUCUUGCCCACAAACUGUGAGCUGACAACCACCGGUGAGCAGGACCAACCGAAAGAGAAAAGUGGCAGCGGCCGCAAGGACUGGAGCGACGAGGUGGAGGCUGAUGUCAGUAGGACGAACAGAUUAGUCGAAGCUCAUGCCUGCGAGGUGUUAGACUUCGAUCAGAUGUGCAGUUCCAUGGACAAUGAGUCUGGGAACAGUAACAAGAAGGGGAGAAAGAGCAAGGCGCGGGUGAUUGACCUGUACACGCUGCUGAUCCACUGUGCCAAGGCGGUGACGGAUGACCGCCGGAGGGCAGGUGAGUUGCUCAUGGAGAUCCAGCAGCGCGCCUCACCCACUGGUGACGCCACACAGCGGCUUGCCUACUGGUUCACCGAGGGGCUGGAGGCACGGCUCACCGGCACAGGCAGCCAGGUGUAUGGGACACUUACGGCGAAGGCUACCUCUGCCAUGGCACACCCAGAGGCUUACCACGUAUUCAUUUCAACGUGCUGCUUCAGGAAUGUGUCCUUCUUGUUCGCCAACAGGGCCAUCUUCAAAGCGGCAGUGGGGAGGAGCACGUUGCACAUCAUUGAUUAUGGCUUUUCUUAUGGAUUCCAGUGGUCAGAACUUCUGCGCUGGCUGGCAGCAAGGGAUGGUGGCUCGCCAGAAGUCAGGAUCACCCACAUUGACCUCCCGCAGGCCGCAGCCCGGACUCCACCCAGGAAAACAUAUGGAGGAGAUCGGUAAUCGGCUGACUGACAUUGCCCGAGAGCUUGGUGUGCCAUUCAAGUACCGUGACAUAUUGGCAGAGUGGCAGACCGUUUGAAUUAAGGACCUGGACCUGGAACCGGAUGAGGUGCUUGCUGUGAAUGACCUGUACAAUUUCAGGACCUUAAUGGAUGAGUGUGUCGUCAUAGGCAGCCCGAACCCCCGCGAUGUUGUCCUCACCAACAUCAGCAAGAUGAAACCGGACGUGUUUGUCCAAAGCACCGUGAAUGGUUCAAAUGGCACCUUCUUCUUGUCACGGUUCCGAGGGGCCCUCUUCUUUUACUCUGCACUGUUUGACAUGCUUGAUGCAACCAUGCCACGGGAGAGCAAACUGCGGCUGGCGCUGGAGCGCGACGUCUUUGGGUGGGUUGUCCUGAAUGCCAUCGCAUAUGAGGGAAAGGACCGGGUGGAGCGUGGUGAGACCUAUAAGCAUUGGCAAGUCAGAAACCAACGGGCAGGCCUGAGGCAGCUGCCACUGGACAAACAAACUGUUAAGAUGGCUAGGGACAUGGUAAAGAAUGAAUACCACAAGGACUUUGUCAUCGACGAGGAUCACCAAUGGCUACUGCAGGGGUGGAAGGGUCGCAUCCUCUUGGCUCACUCAACAUGGGAGGCAGACGGUGGUAGCUCCCACUGUUAACUGUACUAUUUUUUCUCUCCUUCCUGCAGUUGAACAUAAGCAGAUAUGUAUUAAUACUAUACUGUUUGUGGUGUGGUUUAUACGCUCAACCUGAAAGAUGCAUUUGACUCGUCCAAUAAAUAUCGGGCAGCUUGAAGCAUUUCAGAUGAUGUCGCAUUUUCUUAGCUCUUUUCUUGUACUCAACUGUAUAAGAUAAAUAUAUAUACGGUUGUGUGUUGUCUGGGUGAUGGCUAUUAUUCAUGAUCUGGUAAAUUUGAUCUAGUCGCAUACUCAUUUUGUUGUUUGAUGCAGCUGGCUACUGCAGUGGCUGUUCAGUGUCCAGAGUUUGAUGUUGAGCUUUGGAUGUUCACAGGAACCAUCUGAACUCUCUGUCAUGGCCUGAUGGAUUUGUGUGACGCUGGUGUCCAAGCGUGGAGCAGGAAAGAAGCAUAACUGAACAUGGUUACAGGUUAAAUGCAUCUAGAAACUUGCUACUACAUGUGAACUAUAUCAAUUUUCAGGAUAAUACUAGAGAUCUUUUAAUGACCUUACCUGCCAGUGCUACUGCUACUACACGUGAACUCACAACAGCCUGACAUUUUAAAACAUAAAUAGAUGUCUACAAGAAAGUUGACCUCUUCUGAUCAAGGACAGAAGGCUGGCUGUGACAACAAGAUGGACAUGGUCUUUCUCAAAAGCCUCUCUUUGCCCAUAUGUGCAGAAGCCGGCCGGCCGGCGGAUGGUUAAACUAACCUUGUGAAAUGUGAAGCUACGAUGGUUCCAAUAGACAGCAACAUACUGUACGAUGUACUUGUUGGCUUCACAUGGAAUGGAUGGAUGGUGUAGGAAAUGAUAUAUCCACUCCAAAUCCAAGAUAUUGUCACUGCACCAUCAGGAACAGCAUACACUCCACUAUGGCCGCCACACCGGAGGAGUUGUUGGGCCUCGCCGAGCCUGCACCACUGUCCCCCUCCGUCUUCCUCGACCUUCCUCCGACGACCCAUGGUGACUCACAGAAUGACCUGGCCCUGGAAUACAUUUCGCGCAUGCUUACGGAGGAGGACAUCGUCGACAAGUUCUUUUACCAGUACCCUGACCACCCGAAGCUCCUGCAGGCGGAGCAGCCCUUUGCCGAGAUCCUCGCCGACACCUCAUCAUCCGCCGCCCAGGAGUCCUUUGCCUCCUCCACCUCCAUCUUGAUGCCCAGCCAAGGAAACAACACAGACGUCAUGGUCUCCGGGUGCCAGGUACAGGAUCCAGUCUUCUUGAACGGCACAGGCACAGUGGAGCCCAAUGGUAUGGUGUUUCCCAGCGAGAGCAGCACCAGCAUGAACAUGCUGUCGAGCAUGGAAUUCUUCAAAGGAAUGGAGGAGGCCAACAUGUUCUUGCCCACAUACGAUGUGAUGGUGGAUGGUAGGGGGCGUAAGAAGAGGUCUGUCAUGGAUGGUGAGGCGGAGGCGGGCUUGGGCAGGAGCAGCAAGCAAAUAGUGGUGCUGCUGCAUAGUACUACUACCUUGGAGGAGGAGGAAGCCACCGCGCUGGAGAUGUUGGACCGGCUCAUCCUCAACGGCUACGAAGCGUGCCCGAGCGAGAUGCAGGAGGUAGUACGUGUCACCUGGGAAGACAAGGAGGACAAGGCAGCACGGCAGAGCAUCUCCAGGCGUGGGAGGCGCGGGGCGAGGCAUACGGUGGUGACUGACCUAGAGACUCUGCUGACCCGCUGUGCAGAAGCAGUGGUCAGUAACGAUGUGCGCGGCGCGAGCAAGCUACUGGAGCGGAUCAAGUGUCACUCGUCGCCGACGGGGGAUGCUAGGCAGCGGCUGGCGCACUACUUCACCCAGGGGCUGGAGGCACGGCUGGCUGGCACGGGGAGCCGACUGUACCGAUCGCUCAUGGGGAAGCGCACCUCAGUCUUGGAGCUCAUCAGGGCCUUCCAUCUGCACGAGGCCGCGAGCUGUUCGAUCAAGGUGGGGUUGCUCUUUUCCACCAACACCAUCUACAAGGCCGUUGCAGGGAGGAGGAAACUGCACAUUGUGCACUACGGCAUGAGCACCGGGUUUCAGUGGCCGGACUUGCUCCGCUUGCUGGCGAAUAGGGAGGGUGGGCCACCGGAAGUGAGGAUCACCGGCAUCAACACCCCUCUGCCCGGGCCCUGUCCGGAUGCACUGAUGCAGGAGGCAGGGCACCGGCUCAACAAUUGCGCGAGCCAGUUCGGCGUGCCAUUCAAGUUCCGCGCCAUCGCAUCCAAGCCGGAGGAUGUCCGGGCUGAGGAGCUGCACAUCGAUCCAGAUGAGGUCCUGGUCGUGAGCAGCCUAUACGAGUUCAGGACCUUGAUGGACGAGAGCCUCACCUUUGACAUGGUAAGCCCAAGGGACAUGGUACUCAACACUAUCAGGAAGAUGAGGCCGUCUGUGUUCAUCAGUUCCGUCGUCAAUGGACCAUACAGCGCGGCGUUCUUUAUGACGCGGUUCCGCCAUGCGCUCUACUAUUUCACGGCGUUGUUCGAUGUUAUGGAGACCACCGUUCCACGGGAUGGCGGCGAGAGACUUCUGGUGGAGCGGGACAUACUUGCACGGUCCGCCAUAAACAUGAUCGCCUGUGAAGGCACAGACCGGGUGGAGCGCCCUCAGAACUACAAGGAGUGGCAGGCGCGGAACCAGCGAGCGGGGCUAAGGCAGCUGCCAUUGGACCCUGAUAUCGUUCUGAGGCUCAGGGACGAAGUGAAGAAUAGGUACCACAAGCAUUUCAUGAUCAGUGAGGAUCACCGAUGGCUUCUGCAAGGAUGGAAAGGUCGGGUGCUCUAUGCCCACUCCACAUGGGCAGCUGGUGAUGCUACUGGUUCUCUAGUGUGAUGGACUGAAAGUACCGAUAGACCCAACUUUCAUCAGUGUUUGAUGGUCUGUUGCAGUACCAGAUGUGUGUUUGCUCCUCUUUUGUAUCUGUAACUUAGUCACAGAAACCAUUAUCAGAUUGUCUGAGUGUGGCCCCUGUUUGUUCAAAGCUGCUGUGAGCACACAUAUGUUUGUUUAAUAAACAUGUAAAAUUUCCAUGACACUAUGUAGAAUCCCUGCAUGACAACAUCCUAAUAGCGCCUAUGCAUCAUAUCUGUCUACGCAAAACAACAUCCUAAUAGCCGGUCAUGUGCGAACAAGCAUUUGGUGGUCCGCGGGGGCGGAACCCAGGUCAUCGCCGGCCAAGAGCAGGUACGGUGAGCUUUGUUGCAGGCAUCUCUCUUGGCUCUUCCGCGCUGCCCCCCUUGUCACUUAUUCGCCUCUGCCAGGCAAAUGUCUUUGAGAAACUCAGCACCUCUGUUGUGUUUCGAUACGUUAUUUGUGUCCAGACAUUCUGUCACCGGGUAUAUCAGGGGUUCAUCACUAAUUUCAAUGGGGAACCAGGCAUAUCAGGGGGAUUCAGUACCUUUUGUCGCUGCAGGAAGAUACUGUUUCGUGGUUCAGUUUGUGACAAGCGAUUAGAUAGUGCCGCUGCGUUUUUUAAUCCAGGACAAAGGUGAAUGGGCACUGAUUUUUCAGUUAUUUUUUGAUCGAGAGCUAGUCAGGUUUUGUGUAGGGGUUCAGUUUUCAUAGUGCUUUUUGUGUCAGGUUGCAGAUUCAGUUUAUGCAGACUUAGCUCAUGGUGCUUUUUUUAUUGAAUUCUGUGGGGGUAAUGUGUCUGGCAUUUUAGUCAGUUUUCUAUGCUGAUUCAGGGGAUUAUGAGACCUACUCAGGUUUAUUUUCUCAUGAGAUGUAGUCAGUUCUAGGCAGAUUCAGUUUAGUGUGUUUUUCCUGGGAGGACAUUCAGUGUAUGUAUUGUUAUCUUUUUUCUCAGCAGCAGUCAGGGAGAAUUCCUCCAAUAUGUUAUGCCAUAUAAUAGUAUAACAAGCAGUAACGCAGGGGGGCGAUGCAGGGGGAUAGUGGCUUCACGAUCCUCAGGUUAUUCAGUAUAUGUGUUUGUUACCUUUUUUUCUCAGCAGUAGCAAGGAGGGAGCUCGCACAUUAUAUGUGCUUCAAGAUCUUAGUGAAUGCUUCUAAUGGCAGCCAAUUACUUUGUAUUCUUUUUUUUAGAGGAUGGGUUUGCUGCAGGACACGAAGAUGUCUGCACUUUCUUGUUUGAUAUGUUUCUGCAGUGUCCUCUGAAUGUUUUUUAUGUGAACUUUUCUUUCAAGGGGUGUUACUAUUUGAUUAGUACUUAAUCGUUUCAAGGGGUGUUUAUGUGGUUCUGUUGGCCUUAUUUUUUGGCUGUUCAUUACCUCUGCUGCUAGGAAAUCCUCCAUUUUACAUUCCAUCCAUCUGCUACAUAACAUGUGAUUUUUGUUUCUGCAGAAGAUCUGGGGACUCUACGGCUCAGGGGUCAUCGAGCGGUGGCUACCAACCCAACUACGACCCUGAUGUAGCCACCCAACUACGACCCUGCUGUCGGUCCGUCCAAUAGCGACAGCUUUGAGGAUAGCACAGCAUCAAGUGACGAAGUAGUGCCAGCCCUUUUUUGCAUCUAUCCUUUUCUUCCUUCGCACUUCCUUUUUUUUCCUCCAGGUCUCCAGGUUAGACAUACUCAUUCUCGGCAUCCUGCAAAUUUGCAACCAUUUAACAUUUUUAGUUCAUGUUCAGCUAGAAGUAUUAUAUUCUGAACAUGUUGAUCUACGGCAUCCUGAAAGAUUUGAGCAUUACUACAUGAGUAAUUUGAUUGGCGUAACUCAGUAAUCUUUAUUUCAGUCAAAUUCAGUGUUCCUCUCAGUCCUCUUCUUAGUCUCAAGUCCAUUUAGUUUUAGUCCUUCAGUUUUUCUUUAUGUAUGUCUUCAGUACUUGUCAUUUUUAGUUUGCAUUCCUCAGCUUAUAGUAUUGUUCAGUCAGUUCAGUUUAUAAGUUUUCAGACCCUUCUUUUCAGUCAUUUGUUGUUCUGAUUUUUUUAAGAUUUAAUUCAUCUUAGUUUCUUAGUCUCUUAACAUUUGUUUUUCUUAACGUUUGAUUUAGGUAUCUCAGUCCUGACAUUUUUUGCAGGCCUUUAGUCAUUAGUAUAUAUUCAGUUAUGUUCAGUUACUUUUUGUAUUAUUCAGUUUAAAUUUUGUUCAGUUUUUGUUCGUAUUAUCUCUUAGGUUUAUUUUUUCAGUCAUUAUUCAGCGUUCUUUCUUCAUUUCUCAUUAUUUUUACUCAUUCAUAUUUCCUCAGUUCAAUUCAAUGCUCUUCUUUUAGUCAUAGUUGCAUACUCGUUUUAUUGUUUGAUGCAGAGUUUUGGAUAUUCAGUCUCCGGAGUUUGAAGUUGAGCUUUGUAUGUUCACAGGAACCAUUUGAACUCUCUGUCAUGGCCUGAUGGAUUUGUGGGACGCUG